AUGAGUCAAACUGAAUAUAAGGUGAAGGAAAACUUGAUGCCUCUUCUUAGAAACAUUCUUGGGAAAUAUGGAGACAUAGCUGCAAAUUACAUUAUGAAAACACCUGAGGGCAGGUCUUCAGUCUUGGAAGAUGUUUGUGGACUUAUCUACACAUUUCAAGAAAAGAAAUUUGGUGAGCUUACACUUUUUCAAAUUGAAAAUGCAGUAGCCAUUGUCACUGAUUUUGAAAGAGCAGGUCUGAAAGUUGAUUGGCUCAAGCAAACAUUGGAAGAUAUUUUGGAGACAAGGAAAGUGAUUAAACAACCUACUUCCUUGAAGGAGGCUAGGUAUAAAACUAAUCAAGUUAUCAAUGAGAAGAAGAGAAAGCUGGAAGAAUAUGAAGCUCUUAUGGGGUGGAUGGUGGUGUUUCAAGAAAAAACGGCAAUGCUUCAACAAAACGUGAGCUUAACAAAGAAGGAACUGCAUGCAGCCAAAACUAAGGCUGAAAGGAUAAACGAAACUAUCUCAAAUGCGAAGGCUAAAGUGAUUUACCACACAGAACAUUCACCGUUGAAUGAGCUCCUCUGA